AUCACCUCACCCAAUCAAGACUGGGUUCCCGCACACCCUGUGGAACGACGGGUCGUCCGCACGUUCUCGGACGGCUUGUGGGGCGAGCACGAAUAUUCGAGAUGGCCUCAGCCCAUGAUACGCAACAUGUGGCAUCUAGGGUGUAUACCCUCUCUCCGCCAUCCGCAGGCCGACAUUCCACCCGCAGUCUGGACAUUGCUCUCGUCCUCGCGCGAUUGGGCGGAGGAUGUUAACAUCGGCGUCCCUGGACUAGGGUUUUUGCUUCCCGACAUCCGGUCUCACCUCUGCCACGCUGCCGAACGUGCGACAUCCAAGUUCAUGUCCAUCGCCGGUGUGCCACCACACCGAAUGUCAUAUGGCGAACAGCUCUGUCUGGUUCUGCGACAGUGCCUUGAACGCAUGAUGCGACUGCCCUCAGACGCCGUCGUCUCAAUCGCGGUCGGCGCACACAUCCAGCGCGUCACGUUGGAGCUCUUGGGACUUCACACCUACCUCACCGUCGUCUUGCCACGAAUGGACUCUACCACCGACUUUAGCCUCGAUGUCCUUCCCGUUCUGGGUCUCUUCGCGAGCGACGCCGCCACGGUUCAAUUGGCCACUCGGGUCGGUCUCCCAAUCUGGUUCAUCCAACCGCUCACGCGGUACAUCAAGAUCUGGAAGGUAGUAACGUCCACUGCACCCUACCACCUCUCCCAGAAGGAGUCGUCUCCUCCCAUGCGGCAUCAUCCCGAUGAGCUCGGCGCGAUAGCGAACCUCACCAGCAGCUGGGUGUCAAACAUGGUGUUCGCCAUCACGGGUCAACUCUGCUCCGGCACUCUGGCGGGCUUAGACCAGGGACACAAGACGGGCACGGGCCAAGGCAAGACGAAGAAGACCAGGCGCAGUGGCCGUCGGCACAAGUCCGGUAACACCGAUACCGUUCCUUCCAAGUCUCCAUCCCACACGCCGGGCCCGUCGAACGCCCCAGCCCCGUCAGACGUUGGCCAUCCGUCACGGCAGUUCAAUAAGCCACUUUUCCUUGAUGUUCCGCACGUCUGGGCCGUCCCCCAGCGCGAUCUCAAGUGCCUCCCGCAGCCACGCACUUCCGUACACUAUUUCUAUCCGCCCCCCUUCCUUCUUGACACGAUCUCCUCGGCGACGCCGAAGGUCCACCGAUACCUCCACAACGCGAUUCGCAUCAGGGCCUUUUGCCGCCUCCGUCUCCUCGACAUCACCGUAUCAGGAGACCCGCUUACCAUCUCCGAGUGGCGUGCUGCGCUAUGGGGAGAUUACCAGAUCCAGGACGCCCCUGAUUCAACGGCGCACGACAAUCGCCUGAAGCGCAAAAUCGAAGGUCAGAACGACGUCGCACGGCUGUUCGGGUCGCGAGCUGCGCUCCCUUCUUACUCAGAGGCCCAGACGCCCGACUUUGACGGGAUGGAGGUUUCUCAAGAGAUGGCGGCCACCGAUCUGCGUGUUCGUCAGAUGCUUCUAUGGGAGUGUCACGAGAUCAACUUCCGUUGCGAAGUCAUGGCCCUCGACGCCGCUGUCGUCCCUCGGAGUGGAUGGAACGUCAUGCAGCGAUGGGGCCGGGAGACGUUUGUCGCCGGGAUAUGGAGCGAGGGAGGAUCGAUUGCAAGCAUCAUCCCUCUCAAGGUUGAUGAAGAUUUCCAUUGGAGGUCGCCUCCUGACGAGCGCUGGCAAGAAUGCACCCGCCCUUUGCGCCGUUUUCUAGCGGUGAUGGCGACUUGGCCUGGGUGCCCCGACGACAUCAAGACCGGUCACAAAGGCCGUGACUGGACUUCUGAUGAAUACGAGGUCCUACAGCUUACUGGAACGCGAUUCUACACGGCCCAGUUCACCACGAGGUUUGGACGUCUCCCCAUCCCACCUGUAGCUCUGCCGUCUAUGUAG